AUGGACUAUGACUGUCCAGAAGGCAAGGAAUAUCUCCUGCAGGACGUCCCCACAAUCUUCCAGCAAGUUGACACACCCCCCAAAAUCGGUAACUUUGCGGCAAUCACUGAACACAAUUUGCUAAAUUCUGCACGCCGUUCCUUAAACGCUAGUUUCAUCUGGCUAAUUUGGAGCAAACAGAAGUACACAUCCGACAUAGAAACUCUUAACCUCAACUUCGACACUGAGAUGACGUGGGUGUAUCCUGAAACUGACCUCGAUCGGUUUACCUUGUACGACCUCUAUAAAAUCAACUACAGCUGGCCCAUAUAUGGCACCAAGGCGGGCUACUGGAGCCCCAGGAGGGGUCUUCAUAUCACUUUAACUCAAUAUAAGUACACACGACGAAAUGAUAUGAAAGGCAUUGUGUUCACAGCUGCUUUAUUGGUAAACAACAUGCCAUUGAGGAACCUUCAAGAAGAACUGGUUAAACCAGAGAACAGGAUGAAGGACGCUAUGGCGACAUAUCAUUACAGACUGUUCCAAAUGCUCGAGCUGUCCUAUAACUUUUCGGUAAUCAUUAAGCCCACUUCGUUAUAUGGGUAUGUCGUUGAGAAUGGAAAACUUGAAGGUUUGUCACUGAUGAUGAAGAACCGAGAGGUAGACUUCAGUGUAUCCGGCCUGUUCAUCAAUCAAGCGCGAUACAUGUGUAUGGAUUACAUAAAUGCAAGAACUUGGAAGUACAGGAGCCUCGUUUUGUUCCGGCACCCUCCCGUGACAGGGGCAUACGGCGCGGUGCUCCUAACACCGUUCGAAAUGAAUGUGUGGAUAUCCUGCGCCGGGAUGUGGGUCCUCGUGAUCCUCACCAUCCGCUUCGUGUCUUGGAUAGAGACCAGCAUAUCGGACUUCUCAGCCACCAGUCACGAUGAGGAGACGGUGCGGUCCUGGAGUGACUCCCUCAUGAUUAUCGUGGGGACAAUAAGCGAACAAGGCACGACGAUGGAUUCGAAAUGGAUAUCAUGGCGAACGGCUCUUCUAGCGGCCUGCAUCCUAUCUGUUAUGGUGAACACCAGCUACUCGGCCAGUCUCGUGUCUUCACUCCUCAGCACACCAACGAAAACAAUUCGCACCAUUCGUGACCUGAUUGAAAGUUCGCUCCAGUUCGCCGCAGAGGACAUAUCGUACAGCGUUGGGCUCUUUGCACUGAACCCCGAUCCUCUGGUUCACGAACUGUACGAGAAGAAGAUGGCGCCACCAAACACACCGUACUACAAGCGCGAUGUUGCUAUCCUCAAGAUGAGGAAAGAAUAUUUCGCAUUCCACACUGAGCCUAUGAAAGUAUAUCCUCAAAUUAGGGAAACUUACACCGAGGAAGAGAAGUGUGAGCUCACUGAAGUAGUAAUUUUCCCUCCUGAAUACUGCUACGUUGCUCUACCGUGGGCUUCGCCCUAUAAAGAAGCCAUUGCAAUAGCUAUGCGAAAAGUAAUCCAAAGUGGUAUAAUAAAUUAUCAAGAUCAAUUAUGGCUGGCUACGAAGCCCCCCUGCAUGAUGAAAGAGCAGUUCAUGAGUGUCGACAUGGAAAAGAUCUCACCCGCAUUCCUGAUCGUCGGCAUAGGAAUAAUUUUGGCCAUCAUCCUGCUCAUAGGCGAAAUAGCUAUGAAAAGAAGGAACAAGUCAGAUGUCUCAAAUCUGGCAUGACAUGUGGUCCAGCACAAGUUGCCAUGCCAUAGCUCAGAUGGUUAGUUGCCAGCUUCCCACGCAGUGGCAUAAGUUCAAACCCACGUGAGGUCAUGUGGGGUAAGUGGUGGACAAAGUGGCACUGAAGAAAGUAGUCUUCUGGGAUUUGGCACCGUGUAUAUGUGGUGUUA